GUUCACGAGAGCUGUUUAAUAUGGCUGCCUCCAUCGUGGCUCGCUGUUGCCUUUCUCCAGUAACAGUAAUAGCUCUGUUGCUGAGCUGCUGUAGUUUAGGGAUCGCUGAUGGAAUACAGGAUCAAGCAGAACAGUUUUUUAGAAGUGGACAUACAAACAACUGGGCAGUUUUGGUGUGCACAUCUCGAUUCUGGUUUAACUACCGUCAUGUGGCCAAUACUCUUUCAGUUUACAGAAGCGUCAAGAGACUAGGAAUUCCUGACAGCCACAUAGUCUUGAUGCUGGCAGAUGACAUGGCCUGCAACCCACGGAAUCCAAGCCCAGCUACUGUGUUUAGUCACAAAAACAUGGAACUGAAUGUCUAUGGAGAUGAUGUGGAAGUGGAUUACAGGAGCUAUGAGGUUACCGUGGAAAAUUUCUUGCGAGUAUUAACGGGCAGAAUCCCCGCAAGUGCACCUCGCUCAAAACGUCUGCUCUCUGAUGACAGAAGCAAUAUUCUUAUAUAUAUGACAGGUCAUGGUGGGAACGGUUUCUUGAAAUUUCAGGAUUCUGAAGAAAUCACAAAUGUAGAGCUUGCAGAUGCCUUUGAACAAAUGUGGCAGAAAAGGAGGUAUAACGAAUUACUUUUUAUCAUUGAUACAUGCCAAGGUGCAUCCAUGUAUGAGCGGUUUUAUUCUCCCAAUAUAAUGGCAUUGGCUAGUAGUCAAAUUGGAGAAGACUCACUUUCACAUCAACCAGAUCUUGGAAUUGGAGUUCAUUUGAUGGACAGAUACACGUUUUAUGUCUUGGAGUUCUUGGAAGAAAUUCAUCCAGCUAGCCAGGCCAAUAUGAAUGACCUUUUUCAGGUGUGCCCUAAAAGUUUGUGUGUAUCUACACCUGGACACCGGACAGAUCUGUUUCAGAGAGAUCCAGAGAAUGUCCUGAUAACAGAUUUCUUUGGAAGUGUACGAAAAGUGGAGAUUACAACUGACACGAUUUCUCUGGAUCCUAGUUUAGCAUUUGCAGAGACCAGGCAUGCUGUGGAUGAAAUAGCAACAGAGCCAUUAAAAUAUGCAGAACAACUUCCAGUUGCACAAAUAAUACACCAGAAACCAAAACAGAAGGACUGGCAUCCUCCCGGAGGUUUUAUUUUAGGACUCUGGGCACUCAUCAUCAUGGUCUUCUUUAAAACCUAUGGAAUCAAACACAUGAAACAUAUAUUUUAGAACUUCAGAGCAACCAAGAUGGUUGCACUUGCAUGGAAAAUACCACUCGUAUGGAUAAAAGAGUAUUGAAGUCUGCUGCCUGGAAGUUCUUUUGUUGUUUUUCUUCUCCUCCACUCAAAUUCUAAUUGUGAUCUCUACACCUUUUAUUUCACAUUUUAUCUUGUUUAAGUAUUCAGAAUGCAAUUUCAUAAAAGUUCAGAGACUGUACACACGGAGUUCCCUGCCCAAAUUAGAAUUCCUUCCCCUUCCUCCUGUAAAAUGGGCAACCCAAUGCAACAUAUGAAUGGACACCCCAAAGCGUAGAAACAGGAUUUCAGUAACAAAUGUCUGAAGUCUACUGCAAAGAGAAAACCUGCUAUGUCCAGUAUACAAGAGAGCAGCAAUGAUGUUACUGCCUUGAAUAUGCAUUGCAGAACAGAUUAUAAGUCUUAGAAUUCUUGGCUGUGCUGUUCACCCUUUGAAGUCAAGUGUUCCUCGCCCUUCCUUCCUUGAAAACAUGAUUAGCACCUUCAGAACUGACAUUCCUGACCAAUUUCAAAAGAGAGGAUCCUUGUGUGCCGAAACAGGUGCAUAACCUACAACUUCAUGAAAAGGACUCAGGCUGGAAUAUUUAUAUUGUACUUAACUACCUCUGGAUCACUUUGCAUGAGUGAACAGAUGGGCUCAGAGGAACCCCUAAAUAUUCUAUUAAAGUCUUUUUGGAUGUUUAAACAUCUUCUGAGUUGCAAGAACAAUAACGUUUUUCUCUAUUAAUUCUUAUAAAAUACUUGCCCCAUCACUGAAAUGAAGGUCUAGACAAAUAUGCAGAACCUUAUUUAAGAUGUCACUUCAUCAAUAUAAACUUAAGUCACUUUACAGACUUUUGCCGUGACAUAUUGAACACUUGCUCAACAGAAACAAAAAUACUUUAGGGAUUAUUGAUUUCCACUGUUAAAUACAGCCCUUUAGAUCAAUCCUUUUACCUAGGGCAAUUCUGCUUCUUGGAUUCCAUGAAUCAUUCGAAGCAAAAACAACAACCGGUCCAAACAAUGACCUCCCUGAAUCUGCUCGAUGAGUGAACCCACUGACCGUUAGAAAAUAUGGCUGUGUAUUCAGCAGAAGAUAAAUGUUCUUAGAAUUUCCCAAAUCACAUUAUGUCCUUCAGUUUGGUAAAUGAGAUUUGCCGUGCAUUAAUACAUGGCUGUGUGCGUAGAAGAACAUGUUAAUAGCCGUUAUGGAAUAAAUUCCAUUAAGUCUUUGUACUUGAAACCUGAGCUGUACUUUUCGUUGUGUGUAUUAUUUAUUUGUUUUUGAUGGUUCUUGAAUAACUAAACUUGGUAACAGCAAAAAUAAAAAUGUGGAUGAGAA